GUUUUCUUGGUAAUCUCAAAAAUGUUAAAAUUAAUUUUAUUUAUUCUUUGUUUCUUAUCUGCUAACUGCAGGGAAUUUAAGGUAAAAGUUGAUCUCUCAACUCCCUAUAUAACAAAUCUACCUGUUAAACAAACCUUAAACAGUGGAGUACUGCUCAGAACCAGUAUUGUUGGAACUUCCUCUUUAUCCACCAAUUCAUCUUUAUUAGAAAGGGCUCAAGAAACUGGUAAUCUUCAUCUUACAGCAAUAUACCAGGGUUAUCAUAACCACUGGAGCUUAGAUCUCGAAGUUGGUGAGUCAGCUGGAGAUAAAUUUCUAUGCACAAAUCAUCUGGUGGAGAAACAAAGUGAUCAUAAUGUUACUGUUGGCGUAUUCUCCACAAGGCAGAAACCGGUUUAUGUACAAAUACAAGUUGUACAUGAAGAUAUAAAUAUAGAACUGGAUUCUGAGAGAGAGUUUAAGAUGAAUCAACAUUCUUCCAGAGUUUUUAGUUUCUUCCCUAAUCUAGGUAAUAUCAUCAGUAUCAUAAUUAUCAUCAUCACAAGUAUUUCCUUAGUUUCACUCAAGAAAUAAAUAGACCAGGAACCGCGCCAUAUCUCAUGUGUCAAAUCUGUGUUCUGCAGUGGGAGAAGAUCAAAACAAAGA